AUGCAUUCUCAAUUUUUUCUCACUUCACCUCAUGAAACCACUGCCGCCGUGGUGCAAAUUCCUCGGCCGCCCCUAGUGUUCGCCGGCGCGACCGACAAAACUGGGGAGGAGGACUUUCUCGAUUGCAGCUACAAGCCUAUAGAUCAGAGCUUCAACGUCGACUCUAUAACUCCAUCUCGAUUUCAAAUGUUAUCAAUGGUGGAUGGCGUAAUAUGGAAAUUUGUGAACACUGGUCCCAUGAUAUAUGGACAAAUUCAUAUGAUUGAUGAUCAGGACUUGGGCUUCUUUGCCAACUUUCUCGGCAUCUUCAUAUUCGUGCUGGUCAUUGCUUACCAUUAUGUCAUGGCGGACCCUAAAUACGAGGGACAACUUGGAGAUAAGUUUGGACCUCCAUUUAAUCCGAAGUUUUCUUUUGUUUUGGCAUUUUCUACGUUUUGCAUUGAUCUAAUUCUUGCCUACUUUGAUCUGGAAUGA